UUUAAUAGCCAUUAAAUAGCGCAUCAAAUGUUUUAAAAUCGAUAAAUAUUUUUUAUCUAUAUUUAUACACUUUUUGUUUUCUAUUAUCUGUGUAGUGUUCAAUGAUAUGUCAUUUUUCAUUUCCGAAAACUACAAUUUGUUUUUUCAUUAAGAGUAAAACACGAAUGGGUUAUUGAAUUUAAAAAAUAUAUAUAUAAUAAAAGUAAAGAUGUCAAUUUUGGCUUACAAUGGAGGUGCGGUGGUUGCUAUGAAAGGCAAAGACUGCGUGGCCAUCGCCACGGAUAAGCGCUACGGUAUCCAAGCCCAAACAGUAUCAACCAAUUUCCCGAAAGUUUACCAGAUAGGACCCUCACUCUUCGUUGGUCUCCCUGGCUUAGCCACUGACACUCAAACAGUGUACCAGAGGCUUAAAUUUCGAAUGAACUUGUAUGAGCUAAAAGAAAACAGAAUAAUGAGGCCCAAGACGUUCUCAGCGAUGCUCUCCAAUUUGCUAUAUGAAAGACGUUUUGGCCCUUACUUCAUUGAGCCAGUGAUUGCUGGCUUGGACCCGAUAGACAAUCAACCUUAUGUCUGCAACAUGGAUCUGAUUGGUUGUCCCAAUGAGCCGGAAGAUUUUGUAGUGUCAGGUACUUGUACCGACCAAUUGUACGGCAUGUGUGAAGCACUGUGGGAACCUGAUCUAAAGCCCGAUGAACUCUUUGAAACAAUUUCACAGGCUUUAGUAAAUGCGGCGGAUCGUGACGCCAUUUCUGGUUGGGGUGCUGUGGUUUACGUCAUUGAGAAAGACAAGAUCACUGAGAAGCAUGUCAAAACACGAAUGGAUUAGGUUACUGUAAAAUACAAGUUUAUAAAUAAAUCUUAUAAAUAA